ACCCCCAUGUACUUCUUCCUGGGGAACUUGUCCUGCUUGGAGACCUGCUACACCUCCACCAUCCUACCCAGGAUGCUGGUCAGUCUCCUGACUGGGGACAAAACCAUCUCCUUCAGUGGCUGCUUCUCACAACUGUAUUUCUUUGGUUCUCUGGCUGGUACGGAAUGCUAUCUCCUAGCAGCGAUGUCUUAUGAUCGGUAUUUAGCGAUAUGUAAACCCCUGCACUAUUCAACUCUAAUGAAUAACAGGUUUUGCCUCCAGUUGGCUGCUGGGUCAUGGUUUAAUGGUUGUUUGGCUACUACAAUCUUUGGCUUAUUCCUAUCACAGUUAACAUUCUGUGGUCCGAAUGAAAUUGACCAUUUCUAUUGUGAUCCCAUGCCACUGAUGGAACUCUCCUCCAGUGACACACACCUGAGCCUAUUGGUGGAUUUGAUAAUAGCCGGUUUAUUCACCCUGCCUCCAUUCCUACUAACCCUGACGUCCUACGUGUUUAUCCUUGCCAGCAUCAUGAGAAUCCCUUCCACCACCGGGAGAAAAAAGGCGUUUUCCACCUGCUCCUCACACCUCACUGUAGUGACAAUUUUCUAUGGAACCAUAAUGAUUUUCUAUAUGCUACCGAAAGGUGAUACACUCAGAGAUCUGAAGAAAGUGCUCUCUCUUUCCUACACAGUCCUGACUCCCCUGGUAAACCCCCUCAUC